UCCCCGUCACAGUUUGAGAUCGGCCAGCGUGACGAUACGACGUGGAAAUCAAGUAAGAAAGAAAGAGAAAGAGGAGGCGCACCGUGUGGACUCUCACCUUUGCAUUUUUUUUUCCCCUCUUUUCUCUUCUUAUGCCGGUGAUGGCGCACAAAAUGCAAAGUAUAUAACGAAUUUUUUUUAUUUUACAUUCGUGAUUAUUAACCGUCGCUCGUUGACCAAGAUAAUAGAGAGUUCGCGUGUGGUGAAAAAACGAUAGUGCGAGAGAGAUCGGAGAACGGUGAGAUUCCACUAUAGUAGAAGAAGAAUAUAUUUUACCGUCGACGACAGUCAAGAAGAAGAAAAAGAGUGGAAUCAGAGUGGAGAGACGAAAAGGAAAGAAAAGGCGAUCGGUUAAUCCACGAUGGCAGAUCACGGGCAUCCGGCUCCACCAGUAUGGCUCUUUGCGUUAUUUUAUCUUAUAGCGUACGCGAAUGCGGCUUCUCUGGAGAUUUUGCCGAGCGGCGAAACGCAAACAAAGCCUAUCGGAUCUAGCAACAUUUUUAUGUGCAAGCCGAACGUCGAUAACUUCGAGCUGAUCACCAACAUGCAAUGGCUCGAUCCGCAGAAUCGCGUUAUAGAGUCUCUCAAAUUCGUCGUAUUGCCGAUCGAAAGUACGUCGCCGGGCCAUUCGAAGCCGGCCAUGUAUACGGAAUUGCAUCAGGACAACAGUCUCUCUCUCUUCUUCAACUCGCUUCAAGAGGAACAGGCAGGGAGAUAUACCUGCAAGGGAACGUACGCGAACUCGGUGCCUCUAAAUAAAUCGGUCACGAUCGAUACCAUUGUUGCGAUUACCUGGGACGACGCACCGAAAAAUCAAUAUCCGAUCCUCGGUGAGGAUUUCUCGAUCCUUUGCAAAGUCCGCGCCAGGCCCUCACCCUCCGUCGAUUGGCUUUACAACGGGGAGCUGGUAAAGACGAACGAUCAUUACAUCAUCGACACCCAUGCGCUAAAGAUAAAAAAUGUUCAAGAGUCCGACGACGGUAUUUACACGUGUCGCGCCUCCGUGCCGACUACCGGUGAACUCCGGGAACGGCCAAUACGCGUUGAGGUCCACGUACGUCCAACCAUCGAGGAACGUUCCACUCCGGUCGACAUAAUCGAAGGAGAAAACGCGAACAUCGAGUGCAAAGGGAAAGGCAAGCCACCGCCAAAGUAUACCUGGGUGAAAUCCCUUACGAAGCAAAAUCUUUCGAACGCCGAUCGUUUUACCGUUAAUCCGGAUACCGGUGACCUGGCCAUUAUCACUGUAAAUCGCGAAGACGCCGGAGAGUAUCAGUGCACCGCGACGAACGCGGCAGGUUCGGCCACCAGCAACAUAGUCGUAAACGUGAUCGUAAAGCCAAAAAUCAUGGAGUUCCCUAAUGUGACGGUGAUACAGGGUAACGAGGUUGAUGUCAGGUGCAAAGCGUUUGGUAGGCCACCACCCAGGGUGACCUUCAGGAAGCACACCGCCGAGAAAGCUUACGUCAUCGGAACACAGGCGGACGACAGCAGAAUAGUUUUGGUUAAUCAACCGGACGAGGUUACCGGCGAGACGGUUGGCACUCUUAACAUUCGCGACGUUCUUAGAUCGUACGAUGGUCUUUACGAGUGCGUGGCCGAGAACGCCGGUGGGGUGGCUCAUAAAAAUGGUCACGUAACCGUCGAAUUUCCCCCGUCGUUCGCUUUCAUGCAGAACAACACCGUCUGGUCUUGGGACAGGAGACCCGUCAAUUUGACCUGCAUCGCCGAAAGCAUACCGAACGCCACGAUCACGUGGAUGAUGUCCGGAAAUAAAAAGAUCGAGAACGUGCCGGAGAUCAAACAGUACGGCAAGGGCCCGAACUCGGUGCUCAUGAUCGUACCAUUAGACAGCAGAUAUUACACGGAUUACAAAUGUAUCGCGGCGAAUUCGCACGGCACGCGAGAGAUUAUUAUCGAAUUGAGACAAGCCACGAGGCCGAACGAACUCUUGCAAGCCAAGAUGGCCGAGAUCACGGCCACUACCAUCCGAUUCGAUCUCGUACCGCCGCCUACUCAUCCAGAUUUGCCCGUUAAAAGUGUCGUCGUACAGUACAAAGAGGAGAUUCAGACUUGGGCCGAGGCUAGGAAUAGGACCUGGUCGAUAGAUUCCGUUUACGUCAUCGAAGGCUUGAAACCUCAAACCUCUUACGAUUAUCGAUUUGCUGCGAUAAAUAAGGUCGGUCAGGGCAAUUGGGGUACGUUUUAUCGCGAAACCACACCCGGAAGGACCUUUCCCAAAGAACCAAAGAUCAUAACGAAAGGAUCGAGCGAGUACGACGUCUCGGCGUUCAGCAAUCAGUAUGAACUUUUCUGGACCGUUCCACCGGACAACGGUGAACCAAUAGACAUGUAUCUUAUUAGAUAUUGUCAGAUCAAACGAGUAACCGACGGUGGCUGGCAAACCGAGGAGGAUACCUGCAAAACGUUGGACGUUAAGGGUGCCGGAAGAACGAAAUAUUGGCUAAAGGAUCUUCACUCUGACAAUUUUUACAGCGUCGAAGUAAAGGCUCACAACGCUAUGGGAUUUAGCAACCCGGGUGUCACCAAAUUCAAGACUGCCAGGGGUCUAGAUACGACGGUGGUACAUCAUCAGGGUCCUUUGAUAUCCAGCGCCGCGAUAAUCGGUAUCGUUAUCGCUGUGCUCUUCAUCAUCAUCGUGAUCAUUGACGUGAUAUGCUGUUGCGCGCACAAGACGGGAAUCAUAUAUUAUGUAUGCGAACGAUCUCGACGGAAGCCCGUCGACGAGGAGGACGCCAAGCUCGGCAGUCUUUACGGUUGGCGGUUUCCAUUGCCGUAUUGCGACCAAAAAAUGGCCAAUGUCGCCGGGGUGACGGCCAUCCAAGACUCGGGUAGUGGAAAAAAUACCAUUAGAUUGGUCAAACACACUGCCAUAGACGAGAAGGAGCCACUCAAGGAGGAGAAAAAGAUAACACCGAUCAUCGACUCUGGAUUACGUAGGGAAACGUCGGUCACCUUCGAUGGCAAACGAUCCGUUUCGAAGACUGGUUUCGUUGGAAAGGAUUCGGCCGUCUAGAUAUUCUUCCGGCGUACUAGAUUGUAAAAGAUCCUCUCUCAAAGUAGAUACGAUAUAUAUUUACGUACGCCUUCUUUUUCGGGCAUCGUUCAAAGAAAAAGUGUUCUCGAAAAUUUCAACGAAAAAUUAUAAAUUUUGAUGACGGUACAUUCGUGAACCCGCGCUCAUACAUGUAACCUAAUAACAGAUAUACGCGUACCAAGGGAAAAUCUUUUUUCUAUCGUAAAAAGAUCUCUUAAAAUAAUUUUUCCCACGGUCGAUUACACUUUACGACGUUACGUUUGAUUCGUAUUCCUUCUUUCCUUUUGAUUCCAAUUAAUCGCUCGGAUCGAAAAAAGGGAAGAUCGCAUUCGAGACGUUCGUUUGUGAGUGUGGUAUGCGUGCGUGCGUGCGUGCGUGUAUGUAAUAUUAACGUAGCUGUUUAUAAACAAUCGUAAAGGAAGUCUUAGAUCAGAUUUCAAUUUUCUCUACUCUCUAUGUCUCUCUUUCUCUCUCUCUCUCGCUCUCGCUCUCGCUCUCGCUCUCGCUCUCGCUCUCGCUCGCUCGCUCGCUCGCUCUCUCCCUCUUCUCUUUCUCUUAACGAUCUUUUUUUCCUUUUUGGAGAAAAAGAUCGAAAAAGCAAGGGCAAUCAGUUAAACGAAAGUACGAUAGAGAAUUUCGAUCGAUGGAUCGUCGUUUUAGAGAUAGGAACGCAUUCUGAAUGUAUUUCUAAUGUAUUACUUACAUAUAUCCAAAAAUGAGGAGAAAAAAUUAAAGUUGGGUUAGAUCGAUCGUUUUAUGAGAGGAAGAAGGAAAGAAGAGAAUGAAAGAAAACAGCAACGAUAAGUAAGAGAAAAAGAAUGUACAAAAUUCAUCACGAGCAUUGGUAGAAGGAUGUAUCGAUAAUUAGUUUAUCAAUGCUGCUUCGAGGCACUGUUUAACAAAAUAGAGAAUAAUCACGCAGUCUAGUACGCUGGGUAGCAUAAGUGCGUUCAUGCCGGAUCAUCUUAUUUUUUUCAUGAGAUAUCAGGCACGAAGACGAGAUCCGAAUCGUGCUCUGUCGUUUCUUACCUUCUCUCGAUGACCUUCCGAAGCGAAGAAGAAAGAAUAGAAUAAAAAAAGACAAAGAGAUACGUUUGAAUGAGAAAAGUGUGGAAGAAAAAAAGAAAGCAAUGACGAGAGCAAUAAGAGCUCCUCGGAAGAAGGUCGGCAGAGUUUCAUUACUCUAUAUAACGUGUAUAUAUAUUUUUCAAUAUUAUUCUCCCUGCUCCUACGCUUACUUGUCUAUCUAUCUAAAUCCAUUCGGUAUUCUCCUUGAUUUGAAGAAACGAUAGUCGAUCUUGUGAUUUUCAAUUAUAUUUGCGAUUAUCCGCAUUUUCUUUCUUUCUUUCUUUUUCUUAUUUUCUCUCGUAUCCUUCGUUUUUUUAAAGACUGACUGACUAACUGACUGAUUCUUUUUCGUUUAAUCCCGAAAUCAUAUUUAUUAAGAUUCAAAUCUUUUCUUUCCUUCGUCGUUUCAUAGAAAUUCAUUUUAUUUUCAUCGAACGCUCAUUCUUUUUGUUUCCUCCAACAUGCCAAAAGAUUUACGUGUUCUCUCUCUCUCUCUCUCUCUCUGAAUCGUUAUCGCUUGGUCUUUCAAUCGUACAUUUCGUUUCGCGAGCGAAACUACGAUUUUUCUCGUUGUGUAUAUUUUCGUAGUAAGAGGAUUGUCUUUUCUCGCGUUAGACAAGAUUUUAUGUCGAGGACAACGACAAAAAAACGCGCCUGUUUUUGUCCCUCUCGUUUCUUUUUAAUGCGUGUUUCGAACUAAGGUGCGUACUUACGAUAAUUUUCGAUAAGUAUUGAGAAGAAUUGCAAAGUAGCUGACCACCACUCGCGUUCCCCUAUAGAACGUUACAUUGGCGAACUUGACGAUAGAAAAAGAAAUUUGCUCGUUGAUGAGAUCGUUAUUCGAAUCCAUGUACGUGCAAGUACUUGACAUAGAGGAAUUGUAUGAACCUUGUGAAACUCAAUCCGCUACUACUCUCUAGUAUUAUUAAUUGUAAUUUUUUAAUUUUUAUUUUAUAUUACUUUUAACUGGCGUUGGAACAAAACGAAAAAUCCGCUCGCUCUCUCUUCCCCCCCCCCCUCUCCUCCUCCUCCUCCUCCUCCUCCUCCUCACCUUCCUCCCUAUCUCUCUUCGAAUAUACUUAGAUACAUGCGUAUAUAAGGUGAACGUAAUCGAUGGCAUUUCGAGGGAUCGUUUCGUAACUCUUUAAGAUGGUAAUUAUAAAUAGAAGAAGAAGGAGAAAAAAUAAGAAUGCGGACGUAAGCUUGCCUGUUCCACGAAACGAUUUGCCUGUUGUACACGGAGUCCGCACCUACGAUAAAACUUUGCUCGUUCGAGUUUAUACAUAUUGUUCGUAUAUCGAAAAGAAAAGAAAAAGACUUUCCAAAAUCAAAUUCGAACGUUCGAGGUUGUACCGUAGGAGGAAGUUCACGACGUGAGACACGCGUGAACUUUUCUUGCCCUUUCUAAAGAACAAAGAAAGAAAAAAAAAAAAUAUAUAUAUAUAUAUAUAUAUAUAUUAUAUAUAUAUAUUAAAAAUAUGUUGUAUAAGACGGCUUCUUUGCAAAAACGCAGUUAAAAAUGUGAUACGUUUUUGUAAUUACGUGCUUGUAAACGUUUUUCGCCCCCUCCCCUGUAAGAGUUAAGGAUGAUAAAUUUAGGGAAAGUUUCGAUAGAAUUAAAACAUUGUACGCGAGUUCGCUGAAAGUCGCGUUCGCGAGAAAGAAACUUAUCAAAAGACUAAAGUCUCUUUCGAACUGGAUUUCGAAAAAUUCUACAAAGAUCCGUCGAAACUUUGAUUUUUUAGUUUUCAUCUUGCGAAGGCGACUUUCAGCGCGAGUAGCUUUUUUACGUAACGUGACAAGGAAGAGUUUUGCCAAAUAUAUAAGUACUUAUUAGCUCUUAAGUCUUUAUUAGCUCGUAACGACAUGUGAGAACUAAUGAUGUAUGUGCGUGCGUGUAUGCGUGUGUGUGUGUAUAUAUAUAUAUAUAUGUAUAUACAUAUACAUAUAUAUGUGUGUAUAUGUGUAUGAUGUAUAUACACAUGCAUCGAUCGAGACAAAGAGAAAAGUCGAAACAAAAAUUAUCGAGAUCGACGCAAAGUUGUUUGUUCUUUCUCGACGAUGAUGUUUCAAAUUGGAGGAGGCAUCAACGUUACACUUUACUCGUUCAAGCGAUUUUUGUAUCCACCGCUAAAAUGAUCGUAAAAUGGGACAAGUGAAAAAAGAAAAAAAAAAGGAAACUGGAGCGUAGCUCUGCACAGCUUCUCCUGAAAAUCAAAAGAGGGCAAAAAAUAUUACUGCGCAGCUUCCAGUUUAAAAAAGAAUAUUAACGAUGAUUAUUAUUAUUAUUAUUAUUACUAUUAUUAUUAUUACUAUUAUUAUUAUUAUUAUUAUUAUUAUUAUUAUUACUAUCAUUAGUAUUAUUACUAUUAUUAUUAUUAUUAUUAUUAUUACUAUUAUUAUUAUUAUUAUUAUUAUUAUUAUUAUUAUUAUUAUUAUUAUUAUUAUUAUUAUGAUUAAAGGUUCGUAGGUGUAAGGCAUAUUUUUUAUGUAUGCUUUUUCUGUACGCGAAGAAACGUACCCGAAUAAAGACAUAAAGACAUUUCCAAAAGCCAAAGGAGAGAAAAAGGAAUGAUGAUAAAAGGGACUCGCGAAAUUUUCGCAAUGAUCGAAUCUAAUAGGAAUUUUUUUAUAAAUACAUUUAUCCUUUAUUGGUUUAUUUUAAUAUCAGGAAAAAAUAUAAGAUGGAAAAAAUUGGAUCGCCGCGUCUGAUAGAAGCAUGCGCGUAAUAAAAGGAAUAUUAUAAAAUUGUUUGAAUUAUUUGAACAAAAAUAGCUGCCUUAAGAGGCAAUAUCGAUGAAAUUAAACGUCAAUGAUCAAAACUAAGUAAAUGAAAGGCGUGAAUUAUCGUUGAAAGAAAAAAAUAAUUUAUUAGCAUUGCCCUAUCGCGGUUGAUUUAAUAAGUAUUAAUAAGUAUUAAUAAAUAUUGAAAAAUUGUAAAAAGGAAAAAAUCUCUAAAUAGUGAUUGACCUGACGAAACAUAAACAUCGGACGAUAAUAUAUCAUUAUGAUUCGUUGGUAUGAUACAUUCCUACCUUAUUGACGAUUCCCAUCGCGCGCGUCUAAUUGUGCGCGCGAAAAGGAAAAAAGAAAAAAUAUUAAUUUUUUUAUUCGU